GCGACCUUCUCUGAAAGAUGUCUGCGAGGAAAAGGGGGCGACCAAGGAAGAAGAAGGCCAAGGCAUCGGCGAAGGAGCAAACCACUCCACAGCAAAAUACGCAGGUCACAACCCCAACUACGGGAGAAUCUUCGGCAGGUAAUCUCUUACUUGGGCCGUCAAUGGUGUUAAAUCAAACCCUAGAUCNAGAUAAUGGGGCUGAUCAUGAAGCUCCUAGACGAACAUUUGCUGAGGUAGUAGGGCUCAAGGAAGACAAUAAGUUUGAGCUAAAGUAUGUACAAACAGAAGAAAUUGAUGGGAUACAAAUGGCAAGAAUGGUAGAAGAAGAUCUUAUGGACAUAGCAAAUUACUGGGAAGCCUCACUCAUCUGUUGUGUUCUAUGGGCUAAUCAACCACUCAAAGUUAUGGAUGGUUUCUUAAGAAGAAUCUGGAAGGAGUAUAAAAUUGAGGAAAUCUCAUUGUUAAGGGAAGGACAGUUCGUUGUGCAGUUUGGGAAAGAAGCAGAAAGGGAUGAAGUGUUGAAAAAGAAGUAUUACUUCAUGGACAAUAAGCCAAUGCUAGUCCAAAGAUGGAAGCCAGGAAGUACAAUUGGAAAACCAGUCAAGAGGGACAAGGCAACUGCAACGAUGUCUAAAAUGAGUUAUGCCAGAAUCCAACUUGAAGUGAGCAUUAAACAACAAUUUCCAGACAACAUUAAAUUCAUUGAUGUGGAAGGAAGAGUGGUAUCACAGAAGAUUGAUUAUGAAUGGUGUCCUAUCACCUGUGAGAAUUGCAAGAAGUUGGGUCAUUCUGAAGCAAUAUGUAGAACAAAAGAGACUGAACAUGCACAGGGCAAAAUGAACAUGAAUAGGGGGAAUCUAGUAGGACAGGAAGAGAUAAGGGAUUUCCAAGAACGUAUGGAUUGGUGUGGAUUAGGGGAAAUGCCCAUGGAGGGAGCUUAUUAUACCUGGUCGAAUAGGCAGGGACAGGGUAGUAGGAUUUACUCUAGAAUUGACAGAGCGCUUUGCAAUAUAGAUUGGAUGAAUAAGCAUUACACUAAGUUGAUUGUAAAGGAGGAGGGCAUAUCAGAUCAUUCUUCAUUAUUAGUUGUUCAAGGAUACAGCAGAAACAAUAAAAGCUUCAGGUACUGUGACAUGUGGGCCUUGGACCCAGCAUUUUCAGAGAUUGUCAAGAGGGUAUGGGAUAAAGAUAUAGCAGGAAGACCUAUGUUUAAAGCCUGCUGCAAACUGAAAGAGCUGAAGGGACAGUUAAAGGUCCUAAGUAUUAAAAACAAAGAAGGUCAGCAGGUUGAAAGAGAGGAAAAGGUUGCAGCUACCAUACUGGAAUUUUAUGAAACACUACUUGUUACAGAAAUGGACACAAGUAAUAUUAGUAAAGCUGCCAUGGAAUGUGGUGCCAAACUGGAUAUCAUACAACAACUCUCUCUAUUGAAAGAAGUCACUGAAGGGGAAGUAAAGAAGUGCCUAUUUGCAAUUCCUAAUAGCAAAAGCCCGGGGCCCGAUGGAUACAGUAGUGGUUUUUUUAAAAACCAAUGGAGGACAGUGGGGGAAUUAGUCACACAGGCAGUACUGGAAUUCUUCUCUAAUGGCAAAUUACUAAAGCAAAUCAAUACUACUGGUCUGACAUUGAUCCCCAAAGUUGAAGCACCUGCAGUAGCUAGUGACUAUAGACUUAUAGCCUGCUGCAAUGUGAUAUACAAAAUAAUAUUCAAGAUCUUGAGUAGCAGGCUAAAGGAGGUAUUGCCAAAUAUAGUUGGUCAGAAUCAAGGGGCAUUUGUUAAAGGGAGAGAUUUGGCCCAUAAUGUCUUACUAUGCCAUGAAAUGACAAGAGGGUACAAUAGGAAAGGGAUUUCACCUAGAUGCUUAAUCAAGUUGGAUAUUAUGAAAGCAUAUGACUCAGUCAGUUGGAAGGCUAUGCUCCAAAUCACGGGAUUCUUUGGUUUUCCUCACCAGUUUGUGACCUGGGUGGAGCAAUGCAUUACAACACCUUCCUUCACUAUACAAUUGAAUGGGGGAGUUCAUGGAUUCUUCCAAGGGAAUGAUGGAAUAUCUGAGCCGGUUACUGCAACACAUGGCCAAGGAAAGUGAAUUUAAAUAUCACCUGAUGUGCAAGUAGUUUAAUAUAAUCAACUUAUGUUUUGCAGAUGACCUUAUCAUUGUGUGCAAGGCUGAAGAGAAGUCCCUACAAUGUAUUAUGGAGGUGUUGCGAAUCUUUCAAGAAACAACAGGACUAAGU